AUGCCGAUGUCUGGACCUGCACAGGCGACGGUCCACAAGAUCAUUGCCGCCUCCAUCAUGCAGAUGUUUGACCUAGAACACCCUGAUUUCGGUAUCCUCGACACGGACGAAGUUGCUGUGAGCUUCAAACGACAUGUGUAUGUGAAGGAAUCAAGCUUCCAAGCUGGGGAGCUUCGGCAAGUUAACAGAACGAGCGAGCUCAACCUCUUGGCAACAUCCCUGCGGCAAAAUGGGAGCGUGACGUCGGGUGUGCUGGAGCUUGCUCCUUCUUCUCUGGAGUCUUCCAUCAGCAGUGUCGAAACCGCCGCCAUGGCCCGGAAAUUACUGGGCUCUAGCGUGGCUAAACCAAACAGGACGGACAUUGGCGUGAAGGGACCGAGAACUGUAACGUGUGACGACGGCACCUCUUGGCUGCUUCCUCCACACAUCUCCUUCUGCCGUGAGAGCACGUUUUUGUCGGGAAACCACCAACCACUCAUGCUAAAAAUACUUUUGAAGAAAGGCUCGUGCCAGGUCAACGGCAGAACCAUCGUCCGCCGCGACGUAUCAGUUCGGCACCUGUGCGAACAUAUCAACAAGCAAACGGUACUUGCCUUAAGGGCACUAAGCGCGGAACUAUUCCCGGUGUACGGGCCCGCGCAAGACCAGGUCCACAGAAGCGUCGCUGCCCGAAUCCUUUGCAUGUUUGACAAGGAGAAUCCCAGUUCCGACAUCCUUGACGACACCGUCGUCAACAUCAGGAUUCAACGGCAUCAACUUGUCCGGGAGUCCUCUUUCGUCGCCGGUGAUCUGCGUGUGGAAAAUAGGAACGACCUCGCCAUUCUGACUGAGCGCUUCCGGAACGAUCCGGCGGUGAUUUCCGGAGAGCUUCUACCUGCCACUGCCCCUGUUACGUGCACGGCCUAUGCACCACCUCUCCCCUCUGGGAGUGCCACGGCACGAGGUAAAAAAGAGAAGAGCAAGGACAGAGAAGAGGAGGUCUCGACUGUUCGAGCUACGGCGUCCGAUGAGUUGCCGGACACGACGCUUGUGAGCAAGGAGCGAGAGAAUAAACCGGGUGAGGUUUGGCGCGUCACAAACGUGGACGACACAAGCCCUCUUUCGCUGCCCUGGGGUAUCUAUUCCGAUGCGAAGGAUGCCAACGGAGACGAGACCAUGCGGCUGAAAGUAAAACUUGGAGCCUGCUGGGUAAACGGCGAGAAGGUGGCGCAUGCGAAGAAGAUGAAGGUGGUCGGGGGAGUCGCCGUGAACGCCAGCAACAUUGCUGCACUCAGGUCUCUGCGCGAUGACUUCGGGCUUGGACUAGGGGCAUCGAAACGUGUGAAAAUGAUCAUCGCGGCAAAGGCUUUCCGUUUGUGGCUACGAACAAGGCGAGGUUCUGAUUUUUCGGGUAGCGCACCAGUGAGCAUCACCGACGCUGUCGGAAACGUACUCCGACCGAUCGUCGUUGCGACGGCGGGGGAACUUCGUGGAGUUAACAUCGAGAGAUCGAGAGUUGUGAAGGAGCUGCUGCAUGCUUUGAGGGCAACAGGUACGGACGCAGAGAGGGGUUCGUGCGACCGCCCUAUUCCGGACACACCCAUUUCGACAAAGGGGAAGAAGCGCAAGAGAGUGAAAAGCGCCAAUGAGGCGACGCACUCUAGCGACCCGGUGUCUUCCACCGCGAACGACCCGAGGAAGAGGGUGCGCGGUGUCGAGUGUGGGAGCGGAAACAAGACAGCGAGGGGCUGCACGAGCCUGGGUCGACCUGCGGCAUCGGAUGGAAACGCGGAAAGGGCGCAGGGCGAUAGUGCAGAGGUCUUGAAGGAGCGGCACGGGCGUAGCGGUGGCCGAGUGACGCUGGGAUGCAGCAAAAUGGAUGGGGCUUCACCGAUGGCCAAGACGGUGGUCAUUGAUCUCACGUCCAGACCUGCUGCAAGUGAAAUCGAGGACUCUGACCAAACGGAUGCAGCUGGCCCGGGUCCAUCAUACGAACUUCCGAGAGGAGCGAAAAGGAAGAAACGCCGCCGCAGCAGCAGCAGUACCCCAGCGCAGGAAUGUAAGUCUGAAGAGAGGGUCGUGGGCGAAACCAAUAGAGGCGAUAUCGUUUCAGCCGCUGCAUCCUCCUGGGGACGUAGCAACGGCAAGACGAGGAGCGGGAAAGAUCAGCGAAUAUGCCUGAGUGAAUCGGUACAAUCAGGUGGGGUGGGGGAAAGGGCAGCGAGGGAGCGGAAGGCGGAGAAAGGAACUCACAAUGGGAGCGGCAACGGCGUAGCGGGCGGAAGGGGCGGUGUACAGUACAGUUGUGCUCAGGGGUGGGCGAGCGCGGUCAUCGUUUCGGCUUCGUGCUCCUCUACAGCUACAAAGCGAGAUAAGAGAAAGAACAAGAAGGGCAACAAACGGGACAAUGUCCAUAUGGACUCUGAUCAACCGACCGUCUCGAAGGCGGCCGAAAAUCGAGUGUGCAAGACGGCAGAAGAAACCGCCGGCCGCAGACGCAGCAGCAUAGGGCAGAAAGACGAUGGGCCGGACCAUGCCACACACAAGCCAACGCGGUCGGUAGAGGGUCAGAGUCGCGGGGCGAAGACACAGCGAUUCGGAAAAGAUAUGCCACCCUCCAAGGACAAGAAGAAAAGGCUCAUGCAGUGGAUUGUCCACGGGUAG